AUGGCGAACCAUGCAAACACUAUGGAGGUUAAUGUUGCUGUGACUCUACAAGCUGUGCAGAAGUUAGGCCAACUGGCCAGAAACAGAAACGGGAAUGGUGAAGAAAAUGCAAAUGACAAUGCUGAGGGAAACGGCGAUAACACGGAAGGAGCUCCGAUGACCUUAGCAACUUUCCUCAAGGUUCAACCUCCAAGGUUCAGGGGUUCAACCAAUCCUACAGAAGUGGACAACUGGUUUCAUGCCUUGGAGCAUGCUUUACAGCUUGCGGGAGAGGCCCAGCAUUGGUGGCAAGCAGAAUGCCGCUUGCUACAGCUCCAGAACGCCGAUGUUCCUUGGGAUGUUUUCCAAACGACCUUCUACAAGAAGUAUUUUCCUGAGUCUGCAAGGGAAGCGAAGGAGAUGGAAAUUAUGCAGCUGAAGCAAGGUUUCUUAUCUGUGGCAGAGUACACAAGAAAAUUUAAGGAGCUUUGUAGGUUCUCUAGGGUGUGUCAGGGUGCCUUGGAGGCCUACGAGAGCUGA